GACGUGUCGGCCAGACGUGUCUCCUUAUAACCUUCCCACACUCCCCACUCUCCAAUUCAGAAGAAUCAGAAACGACUCAAAAUCUCUGUUUUCGCAAAACCAAAAGAAGAAAAUCCAAUUCCAAACAACUCCGAUCGUCUUCUUCAGCUUACAAGGUAUAGAAAGGUAGAAGGGAAUGAAUCCUGACAAAUUUACUCACAAGACAAAUGAGUCUCUGGCUGGGGCUCAUGGACUGGCAUCGGAUGCUGGCCAUGUGCAGCUCACGCCGCUCCAUCUUGCAACCGCAUUGGUUUCGGACCCUGCCGGCAUUUUUCGACAGGCGAUUGCCAAUGCUAGUGGCAGUGAAGAGGGUCCGAAGUCGGUGGAGAGAGUUUUCAAUCAGGCAUUGAAGAAGCUCCCGUCUCAGUCCCCUCCCCCGGAUCAAGUACCGGCCAGCACUACUCUCAUUAAGGCAAUUCGGAGAGCGCAGUCGGCGCAGAAAGAUCGAGGGGAUACACAUUUGGCUGUUGAUCAGCUGAUUCUUGGCCUACUGGAGGAUUCGCAGAUUGGGGACUUGCUGAAAGAAGCUGGCAUUGCUACAGCGAAGGUGAAAUCGGAAGUUCAAAAGCUUCGUGGUAAAGAGGGGAAGAAGGUGGAGAGUGCCUCUGGGGACACGAAUUUCCAAGCUUUGAAUACUUAUGGGAGAGACCUUGUUGAGCAGGCCGGGAAGCUUGACCCAGUGAUUGGUAGAGAUGAGGAGAUAAGGAGGGUGGUUCGGAUUCUCUCAAGGAGAACGAAGAAUAACCCGGUGCUAAUUGGAGAGCCAGGAGUUGGGAAAACAGCAGUAGUUGAAGGUUUGGCUCAGAGGAUAGUAAGAGGGGAUGUCCCUAGUAAUCUGGCAGAUGUGAGGCUUAUCACAUUGGACAUGGGUGCUCUAGUAGCUGGUGCGAAGUAUAGAGGAGAAUUUGAGGAGAGGUUGAAGGCUGUCUUGAAAGAAGUAGAAGAGGCCGAAGGGAAGGUGAUUCUGUUUAUCGAUGAAAUCCACCUUGUUCUUGGUGCUGGUAGAACAGAGGGGUCUAUGGAUGCCGCCAACCUUUUCAAGCCGAUGCUCGCUAGAGGUCAACUCCGGUGCAUUGGGGCAACGACUCUUGAAGAGUACAGGAAAUAUGUGGAGAAAGAUGCUGCAUUUGAGCGAAGGUUUCAACAAGUCUAUGUGGCGGAACCUAGUGUUCCAGACACUGUUAGCAUCCUUCGAGGCUUGAAGGAGAGAUAUGAAGGGCAUCAUGGUGUUAGAAUUUUGGAUAGAGCUUUAGUUGUCGCUGCACAACUAUCGAGUCGAUACAUCACAGGGCGCCAUCUCCCUGACAAGGCAAUUGAUCUAGUUGAUGAAGCUUGUGCAAAUGUGAGAGUCCAGCUUGACAGUCAACCAGAAGAAAUUGACAACCUUGAGAGAAAGAGGAUGCAGCUGGAAGUUGAGCUUCAUGCGCUUGAAAAAGAAAAGGAUAAAGCUAGCAAAGCUCGUCUUGUAGAGGUUCGGAGGGAGCUUGAUGACUUAAGAGACAAGCUUCAGCCCUUGAUGAUGAAGUAUAGAAAAGAGAAGGAAAGGAUUGAUGAGAUUCGAAGGCUUAAGCAAAAGCGUGAAGAGCUCUUAUUUGCUUUGACAGAGGCUGAAAGAAGAUAUGAUCUAGCCAGGGCGGCUGAUUUGCGUUAUGGGGCUAUUCAGGAAGUGGAGUCCGCUAUUGCCCAGCUUGAAGGAAGCACAGAAGAGAACUUGAUGUUGACUGAGACUGUUGGACCAGAACAUAUUGCAGAGGUUGUAAGCCGUUGGACCGGCAUACCAGUAACAAGGCUCGGCCAGGAUGACAAAGAGAGGUUAAUUGGACUUGGUGAGAGAUUGCAUAAGAGAGUAGUGGGCCAAAACCAGGCAGUUGAUGCUGUUGCAGAAGCCGUAUUGAGAUCAAGAGCUGGGUUAGGCAGACCACAACAACCAACUGGAUCAUUCCUUUUCUUGGGUCCAACUGGUGUUGGUAAAACUGAGCUUGCAAAGGCUCUUGCUGAACAACUUUUUGAUGACGAAAAUCUAAUUGUUCGAAUUGAUAUGUCUGAGUAUAUGGAGCAACAUUCUGUUGCACGUCUGAUUGGUGCUCCUCCUGGAUAUGUUGGUCAUGAAGAAGGUGGACAACUCACAGAGGCAGUGAGGCGGAGGCCUUAUAGUGUUAUACUGUUUGAUGAAGUGGAGAAAGCACACCCUGCAGUUUUCAAUACUCUCCUGCAAGUUUUAGAUGAUGGGAGGUUAACUGAUGGUCAAGGUCGUACAGUUGAUUUUAGGAAUACAGUGAUCAUUAUGACUUCAAACCUUGGGGCGGAACAUCUCCUAACUGGUUUGUUGGGCAAGUGUUCAAUGCAAGUUGCUCAUGAUCGAGUUAUGCAAGAGGUGAGAACACACUUUAGGCCUGAAUUGCUAAAUCGGCUAGAUGAGGUAGUUGUUUUCGAUCCUCUUUCACGUGACCAACUGAUGAAGGUGGCUAGGUUACAAAUGAAGGACGUUGCUGUCCGGCUUGCUGAGAGGGGUGUUGCUUUGGGGGUGACUGAUAAAGCAUUAGAUUAUAUUCUGGACGAGAGUUAUGAUCCGGUUUAUGGUGCUCGACCUAUAAGAAGAUGGCUUGAGAAGAGAGUGGUGACAGAGCUAUCAAGAAUGCUGAUUAGAGAAGAGAUAGAUGAGAACUCAACUGUGUACAUAGAUGCAGGACCUAAGGGAAAUGAGUUGGUUUACCGGGUUGAGAAGAAUGGAGGGCUUGUUAAUGCCGUCACCGGUCAGAAGUCAGAUGUGUUGAUACAACUUCCGAAUGGACCAAGGCCGACUGAUGAUGCUCAUCAGGCAGUUAAGAAGAUGAAGAUCGAGGAAAUGGAUGAGGACCUCGACAUGGAUGAGUAAAACCUUUCCUUCACUACUUGUCGUCCGGGUUGUAACUGUAAAAGUCUUUGCAGUGUUUUGAUGGCUUUGGUGUGUUAAUGUGUCUGUCCGGGCGAGACUUGAUUGCUUGUAAUAACUUGCUUUUGAUAAUUCAAGUUCUAGUUUUCUGA